AUGCCCAGUGCCAUCUAUGAAGACGUCCUCACUCCAGCACCUACUCCGCCAAAGGUCACUGGUCCAACAACAAAGCGAGCUACUCGUCCCACCAACAAGCUGCCUCAGUCCUUGAUCGAUGGCUCUCGUGUUGAGGAGAAGGCUCCCUUUGAUGCCGAGAAGCACCUCGUCUUCCAGGCACCCGAGAAGAUCUACACCAUGGAGGAAAUUGGCCUCAGGGGAAGCGGCAUUUCGCCCAACGCCGUCUCGGAGCCCUUCCCCCUCUUCAGCGGAGAGGCGAUUCGCCAGAUGCGGGCUGAGAUCUUCAGCGACGCGUCGAUAGAGCAAUGCCAGUACGCGUCGACCUUCAACAAGAACAUGAUCCGCGGCAUGGGUCCCGAGCGUGCCCCGUUCAUUCACGACGCGUGGAGUUCGCCAGAAGUGCUUUCCAAGAUCUCGCAAGUCGCGGGCAUCGAGCUCGUCCCAGCCCUGGACUUCGACAUCGCCAACAUCAACAUCUCCACCGGCGACACCACCGUCGACCUGGCCGAGGCCGAGAAGCAGCAGUUCGUCGGCGAUGACGUGUCGGCGGUAGCAUGGCACUACGACAGCUACCCCUUCGUCUGCGUCACCAUGCUGUCCGACUGCACCGACAUGGUGGGAGGCGAGACGGCCCUGCGGACUGCCACCGGAGACGUCAUGAAGGUCCGCGGCCCCGUCAUGGGCAGCGCCGUCGUCCUCCAGGGCCGCUACAUCGAACACCAGGCCCUCAAGGCCUUCGGCGGCCGCGAGCGCAUCACAAUGGUCACCUCACUCCGCGCGAAGAGCCCGCACGUUAAAGAUGAAACCAUCCUUACUGGCGUGCGCGGCAUCAGCGAUUUGUCUGCUAUCUAUACGCAGUACACCGAAUACAGGCUGCAAAUCCUCGAGGAGCGCAUCCGGGAGCGGCUGCGGAUGGAGCGUCGUCGCGAGGUGGCCAAGCGCCCGUUCGAUAUUGAGGACACCAGGAAGUGGUUGGUAGGGCAGAGGGGGUUUGUGGAUGCGAUGUUGCAGGAGAUCUAUGCGGUGGGUGAUGAUUGA